AAUCAACUCCAUCCUGCCUGAGGGGUCGUACGGUAAUAAGGGAUCAUUCAUAUAUACAGUUACACUCCUCCCGUGUUACAUAGUAACCAUCUUAAUUGAGCUCUAGUAACUCCCUGCUGUACAUACAUGGAGAUAGAGCAAUUCAUGUAGUAUUCCUGCUAAACUUCGCCUCCCUCCACCUCUCGUACUACACAACAUUGAGAGACUCCAACAUGGAUCCAAAGGGUCGGGGUCAUGGCCGUAUGAAUUCGGUUGAGGAGCGCAGAGUUAAUCGUCCACGGAGUAGCACGAGAGGGCCACUCGAUGAACAGGAGGAUCCACUAUCGGCCACCACCGAAUCCCUCCCCCCAAACCCGUCGAGAGCAUUAUCCCCCGACUCUGCAUCCCAACGUCCAAGCAGUUCCGCAGCCCAGCGCUAUGCCCCCCAAUUCCAAAGCCCCAACCUUCUUUCCCCCCGUUCCUCCCACCCAGCCGCCCGCUCACCCACCCGACCCGGACAGUCCCCCCGCCCGUUCUCCCCCAGCCGUCCCGAACUCGACCUAAGCCAUCUCCUCUCCCCCUCGCACUACCAACCGCUCCCCUCACCCCCCCAACCCUUCCAAUCCCGCUCUCUCGCCCUCGCCGGCCGCACUCCGAUCCCCACCCUCCUCCAAUACGGCCACUUCCACUCCGCCGCCAUCGCCGCCGCCGAGCACCUUACCCUGCACACCGCCCCGCGCGACGUCGACCGCAUCUUCUCUCUCCUCUAUGUCCGCCUCGCGUGCCUCGUGCUGCUCGGCCACGGCGAGGAGGCGGCGCGCGAGGCCGCCGCGACCAUCGGGGACUGGACCCAACCGAUGUGGCUGAGCUAUGCGGGGCGGCGGCCAGUGAAUCUGGUGCCGUUCGGGCUGCGCGUGCUGCUGACGAGGUUGCAGGCGGAGGGGCCGGGGCCGGCAGGGCAGGUGGUGGAUCCGCGGAGGGCGGUGAUGGGGCUGUACGAGUUGGCGAGGGAGGCGAGGGGGAAUGUAGGGAGGAUAUCAGAGGCGUUGAAAGAGGGAGAGGGGAAGUUAGAGAAGAGCGAGGUGGAAGGAUUGGAGGGGGAGCGGCGAAUGUGGAAGACGCGGCUGCGGGAUUUGGGGGUCACGGUGGCAGGGGUGCUGGUGGAUGUUGGGGACUUGGAGGGUGCUGGCGAACAUUUGAGAGGGCUCAACCGAAGUUCUAGUGCCGGAGAAGACGCGAACGAGCAAGAUGAGGGGACAAUGGCAUUUCGACGACAGAGUCUGGUCACGGAAGGGUUGGUAUGGCUUCGUCUCGGGGGCCUACAGGCAGCGAGGGGAGCAAUCGAAGGCUUGCAGGAAGGAGAACCUUCCGGAUCAUCUAUGCUGGAGUCUACCCAUCCAUCCACCGCCGAACUCCUCCCGCCGCUCCUCAAAGCUGCCGAGGGAAACUACCCGGGCGCCGUCGACGCAUGGGAAUCCCUCCACGCGAAGUACCCCGGCAAUCUCACCAUCGAGAACAACCUGGCCGUCUGCCUGCUGUAUACGAGGCAACUGGGAAAGACGCGGGACUAUCUCACGUCGAUGCUCGAGAAAGGAAGGGAGCCGAGCCCAUUUCCUUCGUUCCUCUUUAAUCUGGCUACGCUGCUCGAGUUGACCACGGAGAAGGCGAGAGAUAGAAAGAUGGACGUGGCGACGAUGCUUGCGGAGCUGGAGCCGGACUCGGAAUGCGGUGGAUGGGAGAGGGCUGCUGUGGAGUUGAAGCUCUAGAAUAUACGGUUGGAUGGUCUGAACCAGCUCGAAAGUGCUGUGAGACAACCCAGCCAAUGCAAUGAUAACUUUCCUCAACCCUCUUCUUUUGCAGGAGCACCAAGCUCUGCUCCAAGCUCUUCCAAAAACUGAUCGGCUUCCUUCCGUGCCCUCUUCCCUCUAAUCUCCUUUCUCCUCUCCUCCACCUCUCGCUUCCGUUUCUCUUUCCUCUCCCUUGCCUCUUCCCGCGCCUGUUCCGUCUCCUUCCUUUCCUUCUCCAGAUUCCCCAUCUGUUUCUGUCGGGCCUCUUCAUCUUGCGCGAACUGGAAGAAACCCUGCCC